UUUUUUCUUUAUUUCAGGAGCUUGAAACAAUGAGCAGAUACACCAGUCCGGUGAAUCCGGCUGUGUUUCCACAUCUCACUGUGGUGCUCCUGGCCAUUGGCAUGUUCUUCACAGCUUGGUUCUUUGUUUAUGAAGUGACAUCCACCAAGUAUACCCGGGACAUUUACAAAGAACUACUCAUCUCUCUAGUAGCAUCACUCUUCAUGGGCUUUGGAGUUCUCUUCUUAUUGCUGUGGGUUGGAAUCUAUGUGUGACCAUAGUUUGGAGCUAUUUCAGGUUCCAGAAGCCUUUCUGCACCUCCUUUUUACUUUUUUAUUGAACAGUGUGGCUUAUCACAGUUCUGGACUAUAAUUCUAACAUGUGAGAAUUCUAACAUCAGAUCAAUAAAGCUGAAUCUGUGAUAAGCUGAAUGUUGUGCUAUACUCUGAGGUAUUGGGGGUUUGGUUUUUUUUGGCUAUCACUUUAGAUCCAUUUAUUUGUCACUGGCUGGUCAAUCACACUUAGCCUUGGGUUUGUAUAUAUUCUCAGUAGGAGAAAUAGAUAUCUCUCCCUAGGUGUGCAUAGUAGUUAAGUGGCAUGCUGUUGAAAUCUGACCUCAAGGCAAAAUGCCAAGAAUGAGAAACUGAGAUGACCAUUUCACAGUUUAUUGAUGCAUCCUAUUCACUAUAUGUUUUUUAGAUAUAUGGACUAAAUGUGUAACAUUUAGAGUGAUGCUUAUGUGCAUUCCGUUUUAGGGAGAUAGAUAUUAACAAUAAGCUUGAAAACAUUUAGGAGUACAAAUAUAGUGUAUAUCUUCAGCUCUUUUGAAAUAUUUGGAUCUUUCUUAUACAUGAUCUCAGGAAAAGCUGCUGCUGCUUUAACCAAUUACUUAUGUACUUGCAUGGACCUACAUAUUCCAGAGUGCUCCGCUGCUCUGAUGGUGGGCCUAUACCUGAUUAAAUGGAUAAUUUUGGCAAAUGUAUUUGGCCUUAAUGUGCUGCCAAAUUUAUUUUUGCUACAAUAAACAAUACCACUUGCA